AAUCAAAGCUUAAAAUUCUACAAAUAAAAAUUACUAGAAAAUGUAUGGGAGUCGACUGAAAUACCAUUCAAUUUAUUUCUCUUCUUCGCUGUCUCACUCUAAAUUUCUCUCUCUACUGUAAGCCUAAUUUACGAAAGGGAGGGAAGAAGAAGUUGAUUGAAGAUUGAAGAUUGAAGAUUGAAGAUUGAAGAUGGAGAAUCAUGAAGCUGUUGUUAGAGGAGAGAAAGAAGAAGAAAUAUUAGGGUCUAGUUUGACUAUGGAGAAAGUCAAGGCUGCUAAAAAGUUUAUCGAGAAUCAUUAUCGUGCUCAGAGGAAGAACAUUCAAGAAAGAAAAGAGAGACGGUGGAUACUAGAAAGACAGUUAGCUUCUUCAGAUGUACCCAAAGAAGAGCAAAUGAACUUGAUAAAAGAUCUGGAGCGAAAAGAGACAGAGUAUAUGCGCCUGAAAAGGAAUAGGAUAUGUGUAAAUGACUUUGAACUAUUGACCAUCAUCGGUAGAGGAGCUUAUGGUGAGGUUCGAUUGUGCCGGGAAAAGAAAUCUGGGAAUAUAUACGCCAUGAAAAAACUGAAGAAAUCUGAAAUGCUUAGUCGAGGACAGGUGGAGCAUGUAAGAGCUGAAAGAAACUUGCUUGCAGAAGUUGACAGCCACUGCAUUGUAAAACUUUAUUACUCCUUCCAAGAUGAUGAAUAUUUGUACCUGAUCAUGGAAUAUCUUCCUGGUGGUGACAUGAUGACCCUUCUAAUGAGGGAGGAUAUUUUAACUGAAAAGGUUGCAAAAUUUUACAUUGCACAGAGUGUUUUGGCAAUAGAAUCUAUUCACAAACAUAAUUAUAUCCACAGGGAUAUUAAACCAGACAACCUUCUUUUGGACAAAAAUGGCCAUAUGAAACUUUCAGAUUUUGGUCUGUGUAAACCUCUUGAUUGUGCAACAUUGUCUACCAUUAAGGAAAAUGAAUCCAUUGAUGAUGCUUCUAAGGAACCAAUGGAUAUAGAUGCUUCCCUUCCGGAUGUUGGUAAUAAUGGCAGCUGGAGAAGUGCUCGUGAGCAACUUCAACACUGGCAAAGGAACAGGAGAAAGUUGGCAUUUUCUACUGUUGGUACACCUGACUAUAUUGCUCCUGAAGUUUUACUGAAGAAAGGAUACGGCAUGGAGUGUGACUGGUGGUCAUUGGGUGCAAUUAUGUACGAAAUGCUAGUUGGUUAUCCUCCUUUCUACUCUGAUGAUCCAAUAACAACAUGCAGAAAGAUUGUUCACUGGAGGCUCUAUCUACAAUUUCCAGAUGACGUAAGGCUGACUGUUGAGGCAAAGGAUCUCAUUAUCAGGCUGCUUUGUGACGUUGAGCAUCGAUUAGGCACUGGAGGGGCAGAGCAAAUCAAGGCACAUCCUUGGUUUAAAGAUAUUGAGUGGGAUAAGUUGUAUGAGAUGGAGGCAGCUUACAAACCACAAGUUAAUGGGGAACUGGAUACUCAAAACUUCAUGAAAUUUGAUGAGAUGAAUGCUGCUAAACCAUCGGGAUCUGGUUCAGGGCCCUCAAGAAAGAUGCUUAUGACGUCAAAAGAUCUAAGUUUUGUUGGCUAUACAUACAAGAACUUUGAUGCGGUCAAAGGGCUACAUCCUUCUAUUGAUCGGAAGGGGAGCACAUCACCUAAACACCCGUCUCUAGAUUCGAUGUUCAAUGAAAAUGGAAUGGAUUAUUCAGCAAAGCAUUCAGAUGAAAUGGAUAUACAGAUGCUUUCGACAACUGAUGCUUGUAUGUCCCCGUGAAGAAUAAUUGAGAAAAGACGUUGCAAUCUUAUGGAGUUUGUGGCGUGAACAUGAAAAACGGGACUUUAUCGAUGUGAUGCUUUAUAUGGUUUGAUUUACGAGGCAUCUGCAGCUCCAUCAUUUUAAGAUUUAAGUGUACAGCAUUGAGAAACUCAGGUAGAGCCCAAUCCAGGAUAGAUUUGGCUGAACUGGACCUAAUUAUUAGAAGGGGUUUGUGUAUUAGACUUUUGUCCCCGUUUUUCUUCUCUUUUUUUCCGAAAACAAUUGUCGUUUUGUUUUAUAUUCUAAUUUCCCGUCAUCUUUUGGCUAGUUAAUUAGAAAUUCAUAUAUGUAGAAUUUCGUCCUGGCUGCCCAGGUUGGCUAGUGUAGGGAUUAGUGAAAUGCCUUCUCUAGUGGCAGUUUCUGGUCGCUGUUUUGAACUGUGUGGGGACUCAAGAUAUUCCUUAUAAUAUUUGUAACCAAAUUAUAAAGAUUUUAAAGAGGAACUUGGAAGUAUGAAUUAGUUCCAGUUUUACAUGAUGUGUAUUGCAAGAAAUCCGACUCUUGUGUAUUUACGUUGAUGGCUAUUGUAUAAAAACGAAAAUUUGAAAUAAAUGAGAUUAUUUAUCUUCUUAAUUCCAAAUAUAAGAUUCGGGAAAACUUAUGUCCCAAAAUAAGCUUCCGUACGUCCAAGCCUAGCCUCGGGUAAGUCGCUGUUACUAACAGCGAAUAAGGGGAAAUAAAAAAAAAUAAAAAGUUGAAAGUCGCUGUUACUAACAGCGACUAUCAGGUUUUUAAUUUUCCAGACAUCUUCUUCCUCAGUUCAUUUCGCGUUUUUGUUUUUCAUUUGCAAUCCCUACGAUUUGCAAUCCCAAGGUGCGCCGAUCGAAGCUGCAGGCGCACCUACUACGGCGGAUUACAUGCCGUGGUUCCUCUCCAUUACUCGUCGAUGGAUGACACCACGAGGUAUCUUGGCGGCAUCCCAGUACAAUCCCGUAGCA